AUGAAGUUCUCUGUAUUCGUGCCAGAGUGGUGCUUACGGAAAACCUCUGGACGGUCGCUGGCCUGGUCAACGGCGCUCUUGGAGUCGUCGAAGAUAUCAGCUGAGAUCAGGAUCGACUUGGUGUUGACACUCGCUGAUUCUGAGGUUUCCAAAAUUGCCCCUAUCUUCCGAUCCAAGCGUCAAUACAUUGUCGGCAGCAAUCCGUGCACUCGCAAGGAAUUCCUACUUACUGUUGCCUACGCAAUUAUUGUUCACGAAUCGCAGGGCACAGCAUUCGAUCAGGCCGUUGCCGACAUUUCCCGGAAGGAUUUCACCUCUGGUUUUCUGCUUCACGCCUCAAGACACCAGGGCAUCUUUGAGACUGCGUUUGACCUGAGCGAUAUCGCUUCUGCUAUUGACGUGGAAAGAGGCCCGCUCAAGGUCCGAAAGUCUCAACCGCCAACCGCGGCGAACGAGCCGAACCCGAAUCGAGAUACUGGAUAG